UUUAUAACAGCGUUUGGUUCCGGACAUAUUUGAAUACCGAAAACCGCGUUUUGUGUAUGCAACAUCAAACACACCCUUGUUCGUUCUGUUCUGCACUGUCGCUCUUCGCCGUUCGCGUCAGCCAUGUCCGACGGCCAUCUCUUCAACAACAUCACCCUCGGAGGCCGCGGAGGCACCAAUCCAGGGCAGAUAAGGAUAUAUGCUGGAGGAAUUAUAUGGAAGAGACAGGGUGGUGGUAAAUUAAUUGAAGUUGAUAAAUCUGACAUAAUGGGGGUGACAUGGAUGAAGGUUCCAAGGACUAACCAACUUGGGGUUCAAAUCAAAGAUGGGUUGUACUACAAGUUCACAGGAUUUCGUGACCAGGAUGUUGUAAGUUUGACCAAUUUUUUUCAAAACACCUGUGGAAUAUCAGUAGAGGAGAAACAGCUUUCUGUUAGCGGACGUAAUUGGGGAGAAGUUGAUCUAAAUGGAAAUAUGCUGGCUUUUAUGGUUGGUUCAAAGCAAGCUUUUGAAGUGUCUUUAGCAGACGUCUCUCAAACACAGCUUCAAGGGAAGAAUGAUGUGAUCUUGGAGUUUCACGUGGAUGACACAACUGGAGCUAACGAGAAAGAUUCAUUGAUGGAGAUAAGUUUCCAUAUACCAAAUUCGAACACCCAGUUUGUUGGUGACGAAAAUCGUCCUCCUGCUCAGGUUUUCCGUGACAAAAUAAUGUCUAUGGCUGAUGUUGGUGCUGGAGGUGAAGAUGCUGUUGUUACAUUUGAGGGUAUUGCAAUCCUUACACCAAGGGGACGAUACAGUGUUGAGUUACACAUGUCAUUCUUGCGGCUUCAAGGACAAGCUAAUGAUUUCAAAAUUCAGUAUAGCAGUGUGGUUCGCCUAUUUUUGCUUCCUAAGUCUAAUCAACCACAUACCUUCGUCAUCAUUAGCCUUGACCCCCCUAUACGGAAGGGACAAACUUUGUACCCUCAUAUUGUGAUGCAGUUUGAAACUGACUAUGUUGUUCAAAGUGAAUUGGCAAUAACUGAAGAUCUUUAUAACUCAAAGUAUAAGGAUAAAUUGGAGCUGUCUUACAAGGGACUUAUUCAUGAAGUGUUCACCACAAUAUUACGUGGUUUGUCAGGUGCUAAAGUGACUAAGCCUGGAAAAUUUAGGAGUUGUCAAGAUGGUUAUGCAGUGAAAUCAUCUUUGAAAGCGGAAGAUGGAAUUCUCUAUCCCCUUGAGAAGAGCUUCUUCUUUCUACCUAAACCUCCCACUCUUAUUCUUCAUGAAGAGAUUGACUAUGUGGAGUUUGAAAGGCAUGCUGCUGGUGGCUCCAAUAUGCAUUAUUUUGACCUUCUUAUUAGACUGAAAUCUGAACAAGAGCAUCUAUUCCGUAAUAUUCAGAGAAAUGAGUACCACAAUCUGUACGAAUUUAUCAGUUCAAAGGGCUUGAAAAUUAUGAAUUUGGGAGAUGCCCAACCCACUGUUGGUAUUAAGAAGGUUCUUGAGAAUGACGAUGAUGAUGCUGUUGAUCCACAUCUUGAGCGUAUUAAAAAUGAAGCUGGUGGAGAUGAAAGUGACGAGGAGGAUUCCGAUUUUGUUGCUGACAAGGAUGAUGAAGGUUCUCCUACUGAUGAUUCUGGGGCAGAUGAUUCUGAUGGUAGUGAUAGUGGUGAUGAGAAAGAGAAGCCUGUGAAAAAGGAAUCAAAGAAGGACCUGCCUUCUAAGGCGACUACUUCAAAAAAGAAAUCUAAAGAUGAUGAGGAUGGAAAGAAGAAAAAACAAAAGAAGAAAAAGGACCCGAAUGCACCCAAGAGGGCAAUGUCCGGUUUCAUGUUCUUUUCUAAAUUGGAAAGAGAGAAUCUAAAGAAAACUAAUCCUGGAAUUUCAUUUACGGAUGUGGGAAGAGUACUUGGAGAGAAAUGGAAAAAGAUGUCAGCGGACGAGAAGGAACCAUACGAGGCAAAAGCACGCGAAGAUAAAAAACGUUACAAGGAUGAGAUCAGUGGUUACAAGAAUCCCCAACCCAUGAAUAUUGAUUCUGGAAAUGACUCUGACAGUUCCUAAGGCUGUUUCUCAACACUGAAAAAUCCUGUCAGUUAAUGCACUUCCAUAGUUACGUGUAUUCAUGGCAUGCAAGCUAAUGUAAGUCCUCAUAUUUCUUACCGGUGAUGCCAUCUACGCACAUGCUCCGUAAAUUGACAAGUUUUUCCUCUUUGAAAUGGCUUGAUAACUUGUGUAUGAGACAGAGGAAGGACGAGCUUUGUGCGUUGAUCAGUUAAAUCAGUGGUCUGUGUUUGAGACCCAAUUUCCUAAUAUAUUGCCUAUAAAAUGACAGUCCCUUGGGUUUUUGACCCACCGAUGUAGGACUUGUAACAUAUUUAUACCUUCGACUUUUGCAUGAAUAGGAUUUAAAAUGUCAUAUUUAGCUUACUUUAUUCAUUGCAUAUUGGUACUCUGAAAGUCGUUUUCUCUUC